AUGUGGAUGUUUUGUACAGUCUCUCACUUUAGAGGUCUAGGAUUUAAGCCCCGAGUCGGACUAAGAAUAGUUAUUGGGGUUUUUGUCGAGAAAUUCAAUGGCUGGGGCAGUUGGAAACUGUCACACCGUCAUGUCAUGCCGCUGUAUAGAAUACUGUACUUGAUAUUUCGUGUAGACUGUGAAAGUGAAAGGAAUACAGAGAUCAAUAUCUCCUUAGCUAUGGCUAGCCUUAGUGAGAUAGACCAUCAUAAGCGAAGUAGAGGUCUCGAGGAGUCGCGCGGGAUGGCGCAGUAUCUCAAGGGGUCGCGCUGGUUGACGCAGUAUCUCGAAGGCUCGCGCAAGAUCUCGAGGGAUCGCGCAGUGUCUCGAGGGGCCGCACAGCCUCGAGGGGGCGCGCAGGAAGACGGAGUGUCCCAAGGGGUCGCACAGGGUCUCGGGGGUCGCGCAGGGACC